UUUUCACCAAGUCCUCCCCUCACUAAACCCUAGCUUUAUCCUCUAUCUGUUCACUUCUCACUCUCUCUCUCACGCUCGGCAGCUACGCCUUUUACUGUAGCUUCGAUGGCUUCGGGAUUCGAGGAUGGAUUCUCAGCGGAGAAGCUCUUCGCGCAGGGAUACUCCUACACCUACGACGACGUGAUAUUCCUCCCUCACUACAUCGACUUCUCCACAGACGCCGUCUCGCUCUCCACGCGCCUCAGCAAGCGCGUCCCGCUCUCCAUCCCCUGCGUCGCUUCGCCCAUGGACACCGUCUCCGAGUCCCACAUGGCCGCUGCUAUGGCCGCGCUCGGAGGUAUCGGAAUCGUCCACUAUAACUGCGACAUCGCCACUCAGGCUUCCGUCAUCCGCCACGCUAAAUCCCUCCGUGUUCCGAUUGCCUCCGACGCCGUUUUCAAGUGCCCUGAGAAUCUGAUUGGUUCGGUUGAUGACUUCGGUCCUUCUUCCUUCGUUUUUGUCUCUCAGACAGGGACAUUGACACCGAGUUUGUUGGGUUAUGUCUCAAAAUCGGAGUGGUCUUGUAUGAAAGAUGAACAAAAGGAGAUGAAGAUAUACGACUACAUGCGUAGCUGUGAGAGCAGAGACUACUAUGUUCCGUGGGAUAUCGAUCUCGACAAGAUCGAUGCGGUUUUGGAAGAUAAGCAGAAAGGGUUUGUGGUUCUGGAGAAAGAUGGUGAGACCGUGAAUGUAGUGACAAAAGACGAUGUGGAGAGGGUUAAAGGGUACCCUAAGUUAGGGUCAGGAACUGUUGGUCCUGACAAGAAGUGGAUGGUGGGUGCAGCCAUAGGGACAAGGGAGUCGGAUAAGGAGAGGUUGGAGCAUCUGGUGAAAGCUGGGGCUAACGUUGUGGUGUUGGAUAGUUCGCAAGGGAACUCUAUUUACCAGAUUGAGAUGAUUAAAUACGUGAAGAAUUUGUAUCCGGAGUUGGAUGUGGUCGGUGGGAAUGUGGUGACUAUGUACCAGGCUGAGAACUUGAUCAAAGCUGGAGUUGAUGGGCUGAGAGUUGGUAUGGGGUCUGGGUCUAUAUGCACUACUCAAGAGGUUUGUGCUGUUGGACGCGGGCAGGCUACUGCUGUGUACAAAGUCUCGACGCUAGCUGCUCAGCACGGUGUACCUGUUAUAGCAGAUGGAGGGAUAUCAAACUCAGGUCACAUUGUGAAGGCUCUAGUCCUUGGAGCAUCAACUGUGAUGAUGGGAAGCUUCUUAGCUGGAAGCACUGAGGCUCCUGGAGCUUAUGAAUAUCGAAACGGUAGGAGAGUGAAAAAGUACCGAGGCAUGGGUUCAUUAGAAGCGAUGACAAAAGGAAGCGACCAAAGAUACUUGGGAGACACGGCGAAGCUCAAGAUUGCACAAGGAGUGGUGGGAGCAGUGGCGGAUAAAGGCUCGGUAUUGAAGUUCAUACCUUACACAAUGCAUGCCGUGAAGCAAGGUUUCCAAGAUCUUGGUGCUUCCUCUUUGCAAUCCGCUCACGAGCUAUUGAGAGAAAACGUCCUUAGACUAGAGGCUCGUACCGGUGCAGCACAGAUUGAAGGAGGAGUCCACGGACUGGUUUCUUACGAAAAGAAAUCAUUUUAGCUUUUUCUGAGUUUAUUUUCUUAUGUAACGCUGCAAUAAAGACCUUGUCUCCCUUAAUCUUUUUAUCGUGUUUCGUUAUGAUAUUUAUGUUCUUGUUUUCAGUUUUGUAUUAAACACAAAAAAUGGAAAAUAAUAAAGCUGUUUGAUUGCUCAAA